CCAUUUGCCUUACGGGUGGCUGGCCUGCUGGGGCCCGUCCCGCGGCGUCGGCUGGGCGCGCUGGCUCUCGCGAGGUUUGGGCGCAGAGCAUUGCGGCUCGGAGCGGCGCCAUUUUGGGAGCGAGGCGAGUUGUGUGACUGUGUGUGGAGACGCGGCAAAAGGAGCUUUCAAAUCUGGGACCCUCCGCUCUCUGCGUGCCGCCGCCGGGACCAGCCAGCCGGGCAAUUUGGAUUAUAAAGGCUAUCUGGAUAUUUAGAGCCUUUCCCUUCAGUUUGUCGUGGCGGGGGAGGAAGGUGGACAUUGACCUGCAGCCUUUGUUUCAGUUGAAGAGGAGAAAAAAUAACUGGACAUGGACCUGGAAUUAUGAUUUAUUCAGUCAAGUCCUCCUCAACAGGCUUCUGAAACCGUCAGAAGACGUCUAAGAAGUAAAUUGAAAGCUUGUGAAGUCUUGAAUUUCUCUACUCAAAAGAGCCGAUGCUCUUUAUAGUGAGAUGUACAUGGAAUAUUAAAGAGAAGAGGCUGCAAAAAAGAUAGAACAAGCUUCUUAAAUCAGACUUGGGAAAUUUUGGAAAUAGAUUUGUGAAGGCUGUAAAUGAGAAGGAUGGGUAGCUGAUUUCUAAGAGGUGAACUCUCAAAUAGCUACUGAUGUAGUAUCUUCAAGGACUCGGGCUAUUAUUUCAAGGAAAACAAACUGGAAAAUACAAAUUACACUGAACUAACACCUUGUACAGUCAUCUUGGAUUUUGUUUGCUUUCAACAGAUCCACUACUGCCUCAAGAAAAAAUUAAGAUGGACAAAACAACCUAGUUGAAAAGGACUUGCCAUGAGGUGCUGAAGCCUUGUUUCACCGAUUUGGAGAGACUGGACCUAAAUGGCGCAGCAUGACUUUGCUCCAGCCUGGCUUAAUUUUCCUACUCCGCCAUCAUCAACAAAGUCAUCACUGAAUUUUGAAAAGCAUUCUGAAAAUUUAUCAUGGACAGAGAAUCGUUAUGAAGCAAACCGCAGACGACACAACUCUUCAGAUGGGUUUGAUCCUAGUAUUGGACGUCCUAAUGGAGGACAUUUUGGGAGAAAAGAGAAAAAUGGUUGGCGUUCGCAAGGCAGGAAUGGGACAGAAAACAUACACCAUCGUGGGGGAGGAUACCAUAGUGGAGGUUCCCGCUCUCGUACCAGCACUUUCCACUCUGGAAAAAGCCAAGGACUACUGCAUGAAAAUAAUGUACCUGACAGUGAAACUGGGAAAAAGGAAGACAAGGAAGAACCCAAGCAAUUUGAGGCUGAGGAUUUUCCCUCUCUGAAUCCUGAAUAUGAGAGAGAACCAAACCAGAAUAAAUCUUUAGCAGCAGGUGUAUGGGAAUAUCCUCUGAAUCCAAAAUCUAGAUCUCCAAGAAUGCUGGUCAUUAAAAAGGGUAGUACAAAAGAUUUACAAAUAUCUGGAUUCCCUGUAGUAGGAGGUCUUCAUUCACAGCCAGUUAAGAAUGGAACUGGUACAAGUGUUUAUAAAGGAUUAGUCCCUAAACCUGCUACUCCACCUGCAAAGCCUGCACAGUGGAAAAGCCAAACAAAAGAGAAUAAACUUGGGACUCCAUUCCCUCAUGAGUCUUCAUAUGGUAUUGGCAACUUUAAUGCUUUCAAAUCAGCUGCCAAGGCUUUUAGUGUAUCACAGAAUUCCGUGAAAGAGUGUAAUCGGUCAAAUUCUUCAUCCCCUGUUGACAAACUUAAUCAGCCUCGAUUAACAAAAUUGACAAGAAUGCGCACUGAUAAGAAGAGUGAAUUCUUAAAGGCAUUGAAACAGGAUAGAGUUGAAGAGGAACAUGAAGAUGAGAAUCAUGUUGGGGAAGAGAAGGAUGACUCAUUUAAUUUGCAUAACAGCAACAAUUCUCAUCAUGAGAGGGACAUAAACAGAAACUUUGAAAAUGAAAUUCCUCAGGAGAAUGGAAAUGCUUCAGUGAUUUCUCAACAGAUCAUUCGGUCUUCAACUUUCCCUCAGACAGAUGUCCUUUCAAGUUCACUUGAGGCAGAGCAUAGGUUGUUAAAGGAGAUGGGUUGGCAGGAAGACAGUGAAAAUGAUGAAACCUGUGCUCCACUAACAGAGGAUGAGAUGAGGGAAUUCCAAGUCAUUAGUGAACAGUUACGAAAAAAUGGCCUUCGAAAAAAUGGCAUUCUAAAAAAUGGCCUCAUCUGUGACUUUAAAUUUAGUCCCUGGAAAAACAGCACUUUCAAACCCACUAUUGAGAAUGAGGAUACAGAGACAAGCAGCAGUGACACAUCAGAUGAUGAUGAUGUGUGAAGAAUUCUCUAACAGCUUUAGAAGCUUGUGUGAUCUCAUGCAGGUUUGGGGGUGAAUUGUUCAAACCUCCCACCCCCCAAUCUAUAAUUUAUGUAGAAAAAUACCCCAUUAGAAGAAGAAUUUUGGGACUUCUCUAUGAAGAAAACAAGGAAUGUUGUGUUGGGCUGUGAACAUUACUAUAAUUACUUUGUAAAUCAAUGUUGUAGAAUGAGGACUUUGAUCCAGCGUCGACUUUCUUCAUCACUGCAGCAUUUCUCUGACUAGCAAUGUGACAAUGUAACAAAUGAGAUUUUCUCAUUUAAUAAUAAAAACAAAAAUUGUAUAAUGUUUUGCAAAGCUUCUGUCUUAAAACGUCCAGGUCUUUAACAAAAAGGGGCAACUUGACAGUGUUUUGCUUGCUGAGUCAUUUCUUUCUUACAAUGGAAAUCCUCAAGUCUACUUUGUAUGCAAAAAAAAAAAGGGGCAAUGUAGCAUGUUGGCUAAAACGAGCAAAGUGCACUAAAACUUCGUUUUCCUGAAUUGAGCUGUCGUACUGUUCCACUUUUUCCAAACAUAAUUGCUCUUUAGCCAUUAAUAGUUCAAUUAUUGUUACAGCAAAAAGACUAUUGCUACAGUUCCAGAUUUAUAGAACUGACUUAAAAUCAAGAGCUUUAUUUGGGUGCUGCAAGGUCCAGGAUUCUCAGAGUGGAUGUAAACAAAGAUUUUUGUGGGAAAAUAAACAUUUUGAUAAAUUAUUCACAUGCAGAAAAAUUGAUUAUACUGACUGGAUCUACAUGGAAAAUAAACUGGAUUUACAGAA